UUUGAAGGUGCACGACAGAUGUUUGUUCAGGAAGUUCAUUUUUGACCGCAGACAGCAACGAUGGCUCUCUCACUGGUCUUAGGACUGGUGUACAUACUAGCCGUACCAACAAGUGCCCAUACUCGCACGGUGACAGGUUCAAACACAGAACGGUCCACCACACUUUGGACAUCAAGCCCACGCAAUGACUUGCAGGGCCGCAUGUUCAGCAUGAUGACCAAUAGUGUUGUCACAUUCAGUGUUCCAGGUACCCCCCAGGACCAAGACAUCUACGGGUUCACAGUCUGCUUCCGCAUGAUUGCGGAAACCAUGUCACAGUACAAUAGACCUGUCACCAUACUCACCAUGACGAUGAGCAACAGUGUCAUUUUCACUCUGAGGGCUUUGCCUUUCAAGUACGAGCUGCUGGUGAGCGGAGGCGAAUCAAAAUUAUUCAGCCCAGUGGUGCCCAUGUUUGUGAAAAGUUCCUUUCCCUGGACCAGCCUGUGUGCCACCUGGGACUCUGCUACAGGCAUGACCCAGAUGUGGAAGGACGGGAAGAUGAGUGUCAGGAAAUGCAUGGGGAGGAGUCAGAAAUUUUAUGGCACGCCUGUGGUGACCCUAUCAGGGUUCGAAGGUCAGGUGACUGACAUUCACGUGUGGGACAAGGCCCUCCCCUUCUCCAGCCUACGCGCCUACCUCAAGGGCCAGUGCUAUUCCCCUGGAAACCUGCUGAGCUGGCGGGACAUCAGCUACACCUCCCGAAGCUACGUGGUCCUGGAGGAUGCCUACCCCAUGCAGAGGGGGCCCGCUGAGGAAGGACACUCUGGGCAGCAGCGGCGGCGGCGGAAGCAGUGGAAACAUGGGCAGCCGUGUAACGGUAGUCCAGGAGGGGCCAGCCAGUAAAGAGGGGGCCGCAGCAGCACUGUCGGAAGAGGCAGGCACGUCAGGAAGGAACAAUCGAUGUGGACGCUUCCGUGGCCAUAUUUAAAUAGCCUACUUGAUUAAAUACAUUGAUAACAAUGAUUGUUACUGUGAUGUCAAAUUCAGCAUCUCCUCUUCAUAGUGAAUGCUAAUUAUGCACUUGUAAUGUGGAAGACCUCAAAGAUAAGUGUUGCAGUCAUUAGAUCCUGUGUAUCUUUCUACACUGAGAUUUAUAACUCUUGCCAGUUACAUGUACUCAACUCAAAGACUAAUGCACUGGUUGAUCUUUGUGUACAAGAUAAGAUGAAUUUGCAUCCUUAACAACUAGUAAGACUGGGCACAAUAUGCUCAAGUAGCCAAUCUUUCCUACUUGGAGAAUGUACUGUAGGCCUAUACAGUGGUCCCUCAGUAAGAUCUGAAUAUGGCAAGGCAGCUUUUAGGUACAGUGCCCCAGCUGCACGUAACAAGCUGCAGAAACACUUCUCUUCAAAGCUCUUCAUCUCAUUAAUCGAUUUUAAGACAUGUAUUAAUUAAAUUCAUUAAAACUGUACCACUCAUCCUUCA